GUGUCGGAGGGGGUGUGUGUUCAUGUGUGCAUACGGGUAUCUGGUUUUCAGUGUGUGGAUAAGGAGGCGGGAAAUGGCGACUAGCUACAUAUCGCAGUAUCAGUUUUUAGACGGUCCCUGAACGAAUAGAAGUCGGAUCACAGAAAAAAACUGACUGCUGCCCCCAUCGUGGCUACCCGCAGCAGUUUGCUCGACCUGUCCCUUCGCUUUAGAGGCACUGCGGAGCACUGUAAAUCUUGCAUGUGACUGCUAAGACGAUGAGGCUGAGAAUGCGCAAGGCUUCUCAGCAGCCUAACCCCGCCCAUGCGGCACGCCCCUCCAGGACCAAGAGGAGGCACUCUGAAGUGGAGGAGGACACGCCCCCUAGUGGGGGGAGGGGACUUCUGUCCACCAUCAAGAAGUUUAUCAGAGGAAAUGCUGUCAAGGUGGCGCAGGAGAACUCUGCUAAGAGAACACGGCUCCACUGUGAUGUGGACAACAACUUGAUCACCUCCACACCUCAGGGUGGUGAUCCCCCCAGGAGGACCAUGGCCCGGGGGGGCAGGAGGGGCUCUGUCAAUGGAGAGGCCACCAACCAUGACAGAAGUAAGGCUGAGAAGGUCAACGGCAGGCUGGAGGAGGUGGAAGUUGUCAGCCCCCCCAGAACCACCCUGCUGGGAACCAUCUUCUCCCCUGUCUUCAACUUCUUCUCACCCGCCAAUAAGAAUGGCUCUGAUUCGCCGGGGCAAGCGGUGGAGGCAGAAGAGAUUGUGAAGCAGCUGGACAUGGAACAGGUGGAGGAGACGCCCACCUGCACGCUGGAGGUCUGUACCUCCACACCCCAGUACCCCCCUGUCCCCCCGGUCCUACGGCCCCCCCACCCUCCAGAGGCCGCCCCGGAACAGGCGCAGAUUGAGCCUGAUGCUGACCUGCCCCCCCUCACAGCCCCUGGUAUGCCCCCAGAGGCGACUUAUGUGGAGGUUCAGCCCACUGUCCCAGCAGAGGGCACCUAUGAAGAGGACUGGGAGGUCUUUGACCCCUACUUCUUCAUCAAGCAUGUCCCUCCCCUGACUGAGGAGCAGCUCACCCGAAAGCCAGCGCUGCCUCUGAAGACCCGGAGCACGCCUGAGUUCUCCCUGGUUCUGGACCUGGAUGAGACGCUAGUCCACUGUAGUCUGAAUGAGCUGGACGACGCAGCUCUUACCUUCCCUGUCCUUUUCCAGGAUGUCAUCUACCAGGUGUUCGUGCGGCUGCGGCCUUUCUUCAGAGAGUUCCUGGAGCGCAUGUCGCAGAUCUACGAGAUCAUCCUCUUCACAGCCUCUAAGAAGGUGUACGCAGACAAACUGCUCAACAUCCUGGACCCCAAGAAGCAGUUGGUUAGACACCGCUUGUUCCGAGAGCACUGUGUCUGCGUGCAGGGCAACUACAUCAAAGACCUCAACAUCCUGGGCCGAGACUUGUCCAAGACCAUCAUCAUAGACAACUCACCUCAAGCCUUCGCAUAUCAGCUAUCAAAUGGCAUCCCCAUUGAGAGCUGGUUCAUGGACAAAGGCGACAGUGAGCUGCUGAAGCUGGUACCCUUUUUGGAGAAGCUGGUGGAGCUGAACGAAGAUGUGCGGCCACACGUCAGAGAGCGAUUUCGUCUGCACGACCUGUUGCCCCCAGACUGAGGUGUAAAGCAGGACUGCUGCCCCCGGACGCCAGAACUGACUGACCCCUCCCUCACAGACGCUGUACAGAGCCCCUUUGGAACACCUGCUACAGACAUUGCCAUUGCUCUUGAUAUUUUAGCCUUUUCUCUAAACCUAUGAUGUUCCUGCAUUUCUUUGUCCUGCAUACUUGCAUUUAAAGCAACUUAAGAGGAAAGAAAAGGACAUUUUUUCAAAGCAAGAAUUUUUAAUUGUAUAGACCCAAAUCACAAACUUUUAGGGAGACUGUGAAGGACUCCUCCUGUCCCAUUGGUUGGCUGCCGGGUCCUACACAGCCCCCUCCACCCACUGCAGCAGGUGCUGUCUGUAUGGGCUGACCGUCUCACCAGAAGAAGAGGAUUAUCUCGCACACUGGCCCGAGACCCUCUGGCUCCAGACCCCUCCCCUCUGGCUCCAGACCCCUCCCCUCUGGCUCCAGACCCCUCCCCUCCGGCUCUAGACCCCUUCCCUCCGGCUGUAGACCCCUUCCCUCCGGCUCCAGACCCCUUCCCUCCGGCUCCAGACCCCUUCCCUCCGGCUCCAGACCCCUUCCCUCCGGCUCCAGACCCCUUCCCUCCGGCUCCAGACCCCUUCCCUCCGGCUCCAGACCCCUUCCCUCCGGCUCCAGACCCCUUCCCUCCGGCUCCGGACCCCUUCCCUCCGGCUCCGGACCCCUUCCCUCCGGCUCCGGACCCCUUCCCUCCGGCUCUGGACCCCUUCCCUCCGGCUCUAGACCCCUUCCCUCCGGCUCCAGACCCCUUCCCUCCGGCUCCAGACCCCUUCCCUCCGGCUCCAGACCCCUCCCCCCCUCUGGCUCCAGGCCCAGUUCUCUGGUGCUCUACAUACUGGACACUCCGUUGGCACACGUAUGGCCUGUUUUUGUGUAGCUGUUUAUCUGGUUGGGCUCCUAUUUUUGAGGAUUUUGCCACCUUUUACCCUGUAGUGUUAGGACCUCAUAAUGCAUUCCUCUGUGUCUUCUGUUCUAGAGCCUCUUAAACAGUUGUUUCCUUGAACAGCCUUGAUCCUGCUAAAAUAUCUACACAAUCUGAACUGGUUCCUCCUCUCCGUAACUACAUGGAGAUGUUAAGAGACUAAGGUCCCAUUUUCUUGUCAGAUCAUGAAGAAUUGAUCCUGACCUUCUGUUUAUGGUGCAUAGUAUUCAAAGGUAAUUGAGUGGUAGGGGCUUGUAUUUAGUGGAUUUAACAGCACAUCCGGAAUGGUGUCAGUUUGGCUUGGAGGUUUUACACAAACGCAUAAAAAAAGAAAACGGUUUAUUUCUGCUGUUUUGUGCUGUAGAUAUCUGCUUUGUGUAACCGGUCAUUUAGGAAGCUGGAGUACUCUUGGGCUUUCGUGUGAACCUCCAGUUACUGUUCUAUACAAUGUUCCUAUACUCUGUAAGUUUGUAUCCAGCUAUACCAGAUCAGUACAGAUGACAUCUGUCUCAGUGGGUAGAGGGGGACAUCCCAGAGUUCUCAGUAACCAGGUGACGGCUGGCAACACCAGAAUUCUGAGCUGCCAACAUUCUCCUCAGUUCCAGGUGGACAGUGUCACCUGAGGUGCGAGGGCCCUGGAAGGGGAUGGAAUGUCUCACUGUUAUUCUCGACCCACAUCUGCCAUGUAGAAUGUUUCACUUUUAUGAAUUGAUUUUUACUUGUGUACUUUUUAAAGCCUUUUUCUUCUAAGUGCAGUUGAAGUAUGUUAAUGUCGAGGCAGAGGUUUAUGACUGAAUGUGUCUCUGUCCUGGCUUUUGGAGAGAUGUAGACCAGGAUGUAUUAGUUCUAGUGGACCCCAGACCCU